CGCCGCCGCCGCCGUCAGCAUGGGCAAGGGAGACCCCAACAAGCCGCGGGGCAAGAUGUCCUCGUACGCCUUCUUCGUGCAGACGUGCCGGGAGGAGCACAAGAAGAAGCACCCGGACUCGUCGGUCAACUUCGCCGAGUUCUCCAAGAAGUGCUCGGAGAGAUGGAAGACCAUGUCCGCAAAGGAAAAGUCGAAGUUCGAAGAUUUGGCCAAGAGCGACAAAGCUCGUUAUGACAGGGAGAUGAAGAAUUAUGUUCCUCCCAAAGGUGAUAAGAAAGGAAAGAAAAAGGAUCCUAAUGCUCCAAAAAGACCGCCGUCUGCCUUCUUCCUGUUUUGCUCUGAACAUCGUCCAAAGAUCAAAAGUGAACACCCAGGCCUGUCUAUUGGAGAUACUGCAAAAAAAUUGGGUGAGAUGUGGUCUGAACAGUCUGCCAAAGAUAAACAACCCUAUGAGCAGAAAGCAGCUAAACUAAAGGAGAAGUAUGAAAAGGAUAUUGCUGCAUACCGUGCCAAGGGCAAAAGUGAAGCAGGAAAGAAGGGUCCUGGUAGGCCAACAGGCUCAAAGAAGAAGAAUGAACCAGAAGAUGAGGAAGAAGAGGAGGAGGAGGAAGACGAAGAUGAUGAGGAGGAGGAUGAAGAUGAAGAAUAAACGGCUGUCCUAAAAUGUGUGGCGUGUAUGUGCUCAGGCAAUUAUUUUGCUAAGAAUGUGAAAUUCAAGUGCAGCUCAACAUUAGCUUCAGUAUAAAAACUGUACAGAUUUUUGUAUAGCUGAUGAGAUUCUUUGUAGAGAAAAUACUUUUUUUAAAAAAAAGGAGUUUGUAGCUUUUUCAGGGGCUACAACGUACAGUUAGAUUUAAAGCUUUUGGUGUUGAAUGUUCCUAAAUAUUUAAUGGUUUCUUUAAUUUCUUAUAGUAGCACAGCAAACUUAAUAGGAAUUUGUAUUACCAGUAAAUUUUUUUUUUUAGGAUGUUGCAUUUUGUUUUUUUAAAAAAUUUGUAAUAAAAUAAUGUAUAUUGCA